GAUAGGAAGCCGCAGGAAAUGGGAAUCAGCUGUGCAUGGCCAAAAGUGAAAGGGGUCCUGCGAGUGCACAAGGCACGGAAACACAACUCUUCUCCACAUUUCAACCAUGCUUAAACAUCCAUGAUGGUUUAAAAAAGGGAUAUCAAAACAAGGAGACUGUGGUAGAAGGCCACAUGGUCGAAAGGGCCAUUUUUAAUAACGAAUCCGUGUAUUUUUGUACUUCCUGAGCGGGGAUGAUCCCGUUGAGAAACGCGAUGCGUUGGGCCGUCGACCGGAGGCGGCCGCGGUUCCGUCUCAUGACCGAAGUGCCCCGGGUCCUCCGAGACCACUCCGCCUGCGUGAUGAAGAACUGCGUCGCCCAGGUGGAAUUCGUGAUCGCGUUCAGGAUACGGCGAGGGGUCCAAGUGGUCAGCCUCUACUCGCGCCUCUGGAACGAGCUCCCCGUCCUCCGCUUUCUCAGAAGGCUUAGACGGACGAGGGACCUGCUAGUCGCCGCCCUCGCAUACAAGUUCGACUGGGAUUCGAACAGGAUAACAGACAGCGAACUCCAAAGCCAUGCCCAGGAAUUUGAUCUCUGUAGUUCAUUGCUGAAGGAAGCAGCACAAGAGUUGAACGAUAACCCUGGGAAUGAAGAUGUUUCAAGUGACCACAGCUGGAUGAGAUUCGUCGACAAAGAUAACAUGAGUGUUUGGAAAAAGGUUGAGGAAGGACUUCACACUUACAAAAUCUAUGCAAAAUAUGCUGAUGUGACGGCUAUCGAUUUUUUUGAGCUGUACCUAGAUGUCGAGAACCGUACCAAAUGGGAUGAUCAUGCGGUCAUUCUAAAGAAAAUCGACUCUGAGCCCUCUUCCAACUCGGAUGUCAUUUAUUGGGAGACAAAAUGGCCGGCUCUUUUCUCAAACAGGGACUAUGUCUUUAACAGAAGAUGGAUGAUUGAUCCGGUCAAAAAAGUGAUGGUUAUCAAGAGUAAAAGUGUACAACACCCUUGUGCGCCUGCAGUGAGUGGAAAAUCCAGAGUCAAUGAAUACUGGUCUUAUGUUGUUAUAAAACCUUUCAAUGAUUUCAAUGAGCCAGGGCUUGAGUUCUCCUUGACAUAUUUUGAUAAUCAUGGUGCCAACCUCCCAAGUUCGCUUACACUUUGGGUUACUGUCAAUGGAGUUCCUGACUAUAUAAGCCGGCUGAGAUUGGAAGCUCUGAAACUUAAAGAAAUGCGUGAGGCGAGGGAAGCGAUCGAGGCUGAAAAUAAGCGUAUCGCUGAAGAAAAGCUGAGAGAAGAGGAGAAGAAAAGGAAUGCUGCGAAGAAAGACGAGCCUCCAAGGAAGCCACCUGAGGAUGAAGGUUACGUCGAACCCGAUCCCGUCGCUAUCCUUUUAUUCUCAAUAAUGGAAAAAAUCAAGGAAACUUUAUUCGAACUAAAAAUUGACAUUGAAAGGCGAGCGGCCAUUGUCCAAAAAUGUAUAGAAUCUUCAUUUAGAUAGCGUGGUGCAAAUUUUAUGAUAGUCAGAUUUUUAUGUAAUUCAAUUGUUAUAAUCUAUUAUUUGAAGCUUAUCCUUCAUCCUGUGAGUGCAUAGUAUGAAGUACAUAAGGACUACAGUCUUGCAUGGUUAGUACAAAGCGGAAGAAAUUAGUGAUCUAGGGGUUUGCUGAAUUUUUCGUUUUCCAUAGAAUGUUUUUUUCUUCUAGUCAGUCAUUUAUACUUAAACAAUUAAUAAUUAAAGGUGGAAUUCAAAGCUCAAAACAUUUUUAACAACAACCAAUGAUUUAGUAAAUGUAAUAUAUUGUUAAACAAUUUUUAUAUUAGCUUUUAAGAAAGUACACUGCCAGUGGGUUUCGUUAAUUUUUUUUUUUUAAGUGUUAUUGUAUGGUUUUGGUGGUCGACGAUAGAUUUAAUUAUUAUUCAUUGUUUACUUAUAAGAAAUGAAAUAUGUUACAUAUGUAUCUAAAAUUGUUUUGGUUCCGAAUUAAAUAAUGGCUAACCACA